AAAUUUGAGGUAUCAUUCUCUCCUCACAACAUCUCCCUGCAUCUGCUCUGUGGCUCUGCAGAAGGAAAAGAGCGACUCGAAGCCUUCACUAGACUCGAAAAUGGAUGGGCAAGAUUCAGAUGAUCCAAAACAGAGCACUGCUGAUAUGACAGCGUUUGUACAAAAUCUCCUUCAGCAGAUGCAAUCCAGGUUCCAGGCAAUGUCCGACUCCAUCGUAACAAAGAUUGAUGAGAUGGGCAGCAGGAUAGAUGAGUUGGAGCAGAGCAUCAAUGAUCUGAGAACUGAGAUGGGUGUAGAGGGCUCCCCAUCAUCUUCUGGCGCCCCAAGGCCCAAGCCCGAAGAAUCCAAGUCUCCUGUUGAUUCAGCAUAAGGAUAGCAGUGGCAUGUUUUGUUUUAAACGGGUAGGCUUCUACUGCUCUGUCUCUUUUGUUCCCGGCUUUCUGAUUUUCAACCUGAAGACUGAUAAUUCUACUUUGAGAGGGUAUGAAUAUGUACCUGAGACUUGUAAUUAAGAUAUCUUGUGAUUCUUAAUGUCAGAUUCAUGGAUCUUUUUCUUUCCUUGAAUGCUAGAAGGUUUGGUCUGUAAUCUAUAUAUUUAGCAUCUUCUUUAAAACUUGAGA